AUGUUUGAUGAACAUGAGAGCCAAGAUGGAGAUCGACCUUUUGCAGUCAUUCGAGAUCAUCAUGUCGCCGGGAUCAUCAUUUUUGUUACAGCUUUCUGCGGUGCUUUUGCCAACUACAUCAUUCUUUCGCUUAUCGACAAAGUAUCAUCUCUUCAAAAUGUUUUUGGUCGUUUAACUUUCAAUCAAGCUAUCGGAGAAGCUGUUCAUCUCACCAUUUUCACUCUUUAUUUUGCUCCCACCGUAUUCUUUGACAUAAAAUUCCUAAAAAGCGAAGCUGUCUCACGAAUCUUCGGCCACAUCAAUCUCGUCUGUUAUGAUAUUUGCAUUUACAGCCACUUGGUCAUUUCAUCGAAUCGUCUCACCGCUAUCUAUUUCCCUUUCAAGUAUAACACGAUCUUCUCCACGAGAAAUGUCCAAGUGAUGGUGGUCGCUGUUUAUGUGUUGGCCAUCGUCCCAUCACUUUAUAUGUACAUUUAUCAGGAUUGCCGUUUGAUCUACUCGGACGCUUAUUGGAAUUUCGAUUUCACCAAAACUCAAGCAUGUUAUGUGGUCGGAAUGUAUGGUGAUUUUGCUCGUUACGUAUUGACGGUGACAAUGAUAGCUUUGCUUGAUGUUGUCACUUUUGUGAAAGUUCGAAUCAGUAGUGUAAAGGUAAACAUCGACGAUUCAGCAGCAAGGAAGAAAAGACAAAAUGAGAUUACAUUUGUAAAACAAGUUUGUUUGCAAGGUGUCGUUUUCGUCUGCGAGCUGAUCACUUAUUUCUUCAUGGCUGACGCUUUUGAGUCAAAAUGGGCACGUUUCUUUCUCACGACAUUCGCCUGGAUUCAAGUGCAUUCAUUUGAUGCCUACAUCACUCUUUUCUUCAACAAGGGCUUCUUCCGUGCAAUCCGUCUCUCACUUCUUUCCUCCAAUCAUUUUCAAUCAACUGAUACUUAUGCUAAACCACAAAGAGCUGAAUCACAAAGUAUUAAACAU